AUGAUUCUUGUCACAAAACGAGAAAUUCCACACUUUCAAAAUAUUUAUCAAAAUAUAGAUGGAAAGUUAAGUGAAAUUUGUGAGCUAUUUUUAAACACAAUACCAAAUCAAACAUUUGCAAAACAAUAUGAACACUAUUCAACUGAAAACCAUCGCUUAAACAAAUGGAUAUCAAUGGGUAACUGUAAAUUCCCUUUGAACACUUCAAAAUAUUCAUUUUGGUCUAGUGAAGAGGAAAUGAAUUUUCCAAUAGGAUUUGCUUUUGCAGUUUAUGAAGAUAUUGAUCGUAUAGCUCGUCUACUACAUCUAUUGUAUAGACCGCAUAAUUUAUAUUGUAUACAUGUGGAUCGUAGUACUUCAACGAAUUUUAUCAAUCAAUAA